AUGAAUGGAUCGUCGUUAUAUCGUGUAAGACUUUUGUCUCAUCUAUUUUCCGCAUCGACUGAAAAAUCUUUGAAAGUGUUUGUCAACCAGUCUAAGCGUUUGAUUCAAACUAAUCAGACAUCCGAUAAAGAUAAAGAGAAUGAAUAUGAGCGACAUAAUAAUAAACAUACCGAUGACAGAGACCGAAUUGAAAACAUGAUCGGACCAUAUAUAUCAUCGAACCAAAUUGCAUUUCACACAAAUCAAUUCGAUAGUCAAACACUACACAAAAAUAGGCAAGCUUUUUUCGAUGUUGUUGAUGCUUAUAAAAUUCAAUUUCCAAAUCGUCGUGGUCAUGUCGAGUUUAUUCGUGCAGCUAUGAAACGGAUGAAAGAUUUCAAAGUUGAAACAGACGUCGAGGCAUAUAAAAAAUUAUUGACAGUUUUUCCUGUGGGUCCCUAUCGUCAUACAUCAAACUUGCAGGUUAGUGUUCGAUUUUGGCCAAAGCAAAACGAGACAGCUAAUGCGAUUUUAUCACAAAUGGAAGAUUAUGGUAUACAUCCCGAUUUGGAAGUUGUUGAUAUGUUACGAGAAAUAUUUGGUCCAUGGGCUCAUCCUGUACGAAAAUUUGCACGUUAUUUAUAUUGGGCACCAAAAUUUAUGCAUAAAAAUCCUUAUCCUAUGCCAUGGCAAUUGCCAAAUAAUGAUCGUGAAAUAGCAAGAUUGGUGCUUAAAAGAAUGACCGAGAGUGUUGAUGUAGAAACACAAAUUAUUGACACUCAUACAAUAUCAAUCGAUACAGACGUCGCUAUUUAUUUUUUAUUACUUAAUCUAAUUUUACACCUUUAUAUGUUUGAUUUAGAUGAGCAAAGUUGGCUGAUGUAUACUUCCAGUCCAUCACAGAAUAAAUUACUUCUUAAAUUAGAAGAAGCUCAACAAUCACUGAGUAUUGAAGGACCAUUUACAGUUUACAUUAGGAAAAAGUCUGUACAAUAUUUAAUAUUACGUGCAGAUGCUACAGAAGAUUACAGACAAAGAAAAGAAAAAUUUGAAAAAUUUGAUACUGAUGAUGUUAAUAAUUUACGUUCACCGUUUGAACCAGAGUCAACUGUUUCCAUUCCACCUUCCGUUCAUGAAAUGGAUGAUGGUUUUAUACUGAGUAUUUGUAUUUUGGGUACACAAAGUGAAGCAGGACUCAAUUGUUGGAUUAAACAUUUACAAGAGUCAAAUAAACAUUUGUUACAAAUUCCAGUGGUGAAUAAAUCAAAACUUUUAUUAGAUGAAAAUGUAAAAAAUUUUUAUACAUCUAACAUAGCUAUAACACCCGAAGAUCCCGAGUUGAUUAUUCCUCAUACAACAGCUCGAUUAGCUAAUCUUAAAAAGUCGAUAUUUCACAAAUAUGAUGAAACAUAA